GAAAAAUGGCAAAGAGAAUUGCAGAGAAGGAACUGACUGACAGAAACUGGGAUCAAGAGGAUGAAGCUGAGGAGGUGGGAACAUUCUCGGUAGCUAGUGAAGAAGUCCUGAAGAACAGGGCUAUUAAAAAAGCAAAGCGCCGAAAUGUUGGAUCGGAGUCUGAAAGUGGAGGAGCUUUUAAAGGGUUUAAAGGCUUUAUAUUGCCUUCUGGAAAAGGAGGAGGUGGCUUCAGCGGAUUUGGUAAUGGUGCAGGAAUAAAGCCUUUAGAAGGGCUGUCUAAUGGAAGCAGUAGUGUCUCUAGCACUCCUUCUUUCAGCAGUUUAAAGACCACCUCCGAAACACAAUCAGCAUUUGGAUCCAUAAUGUCAAAUGGUCCGACUACUACCGCAUUUCCUGAGAAAAAGGCAGCCAGCCCAAAAGCUAAUGGUGGCAGUCAACCAUCCUCAUCUGGCUAUGCUCAGAGUAAAGUUUGUAGCUCUGGUGUUUACCACAAACAGUUAGCUGCUUUAAACUGUUCUGUGCGUGACUGGAUAGCUAAGCAUGUAAACACAAACCCGCUGUGUGACCUGACACCCAUCUUCAGAGACUAUGAGAAGUAUUUAGCAAAUAUUGAACAGCAACAUGGAAGCAGUAGCGACAGUGGCUCUGAAAACGAAAGCAACAAGACACCUGGCUCUCAGUCUCUUUCUACAUUUGGGAAUUCAAAGCUACAGCAAGGAUCAACUUUUUUGUUUAACAACAACAAAACUGAGGAUACCUCGGACAAAAAACCUGAAGCUGCAUCGGAAAAAAAAGAUCCAUCAUUAGGAGCUACAUCAACAGUCUCAUUUAAUUUUGGCAAGAGUGUUGACAGUUCUGUUUUGGGUUCCCUUGGUUCAGGAACACUUAGUAGUUUCUCAUUUUCUCCUGGGAAUUCAGGUUUAUUUGGAAAAGAUGCAAACCAGGCUAAGUCUGUCACUGCAGUAUCCACCAACGUAUUGGAAGCUCAGACAGAAAGUGGCAAUAGCGACGAUAAAGGAGGGGAAGAGGAGGAAGAAGAGCCACCAAAAGUCAUUGUUAAUGAAAUAAAAGAGGAUGAUGCUUUCUACUCAAAGAAGUGCAAACUAUUCUACAAAAAGGAUAAUGAAUUUAAAGAAAAAGGUGUAGGAACAUUACACUUAAAACCAGCAGGAAAUGAAAAAACUCAACUCCUAGUCCGAGCAGAUACCAAUUUAGGAAACAUACUGUUGAAUGUUCUAAUUCCACCCAAGAUGCCAUGCACGAGAACUGGAAAAAACAAUGUUCUUAUAGUUUGUGUUCCUAAUCCACCAAUUGAUGAGAAGAAUCCAGCUGUUCCUGUCACUAUGUUAAUAAGGGUGAAAACAAGUGAGGAUGCAGAUGAGUUGCACAAAAUCUUACUGGAGAAAAAGGAGGCUUAAAUAAGUUGCAGUCAGUGAUUUGAAGAUUAUUGCCAAACUGCUGCUGCUCUUUUUUUCUUCCAUAACUUCACUUACUGAAUUAAGAACUAUUAUAGGAAUUCUGGAAAAAUUCUGUGAGGAAAAGCUAAGCUAGCUAAUAAAAGCUUUAAUAGAACACAAAUGUUGGACUGUGCUCCCUCAUUUUU